CCGCGUCACGAGCUCAUGCACGCGCCGGCGGGUGACUCUCCCUGCGCGCACCGCGUGCCCAGGGGGCUGCUGAACAUCACGCCGGGAUCUGGGGAGUUGGCUGGGAGGGCGGCAGGCAGAGGAUGCGAGCGACAGAAGAUGUCUGGGGAACUGUCCUUGCACAUCAACACCAAAGAGCCACGAUGGGACCAGAGCAACUUCACAGGGAGAGCAAAACACUUCUUCACGGUGACAGACCCCCGCAACCUUCUGCUCUCUAGCAAGACCCUGGAAGAGGCCCGGAGGGUGAUUGAGGAUUACAGAGCGGGGAAGGUGUCGCCAGGAUUGACUGAGGACCAACUAUGGCGGGCAAAAUACAUCUACGACUCAGCUUUCCACCCGGACACUGGCGAGAAGAUGAUCCUGAUUGGGCGAAUGUCGGCCCAGGUGCCCAUGAACAUGACCAUCACUGGGUGCAUGCUCACUUUCUACAGAACAACACCUGCUGUUCUGUUCUGGCAAUGGGUGAACCAGUCAUUCAACGCCAUUGUCAACUACACUAACCGGAGUGGAGAUGCUCCCUUAACCGUCAGCCAGCUGGGCACUGCCUACGUCAGUGCUACCACGGGAGCUGUGGUCACAGCACUGGGCCUCAAGUCCCUCACCAAGCAUCUUCCACCCAUCAUUGGACGCUAUGUGCCUUUUGCAGCUGUGGCAGCGGCUAACUGUAUCAACAUACCAUUAAUGAGGCAGAGGGAGCUAAAGCUUGGUAUCCCCAUUACAGAUGAGAAUGGAAAUCGGUUGGGUGAGUCAAAGGCAGCUGCUCAGCAAGCCAUUGCACAGGUGGUGGUGUCUCGAAUUGGCAUGGCUGCACCUGCCAUGGCCAUCCCUCCUGUGAUCAUGAACGCGCUAGAGAAGAGAGCAUUUCUGAAGCGGUACCCUUGGAUGAAUGCUCCUUUGCAGGUUGGGCUGGUGGGCCUGUGUUUGGUGUUUGCUACCCCCCUUUGCUGUGCACUCUUCCCCCAGAAAAGCUCAAUGCGGGUGAGCCGCCUGGAACCUGAAGUCCAAGCUCUGAUCAGGGAGAAAAACUCUGACAUUGAGGUGGUCUACUUUAAUAAAGGGCUUUGAGAGAGGCUUCCUCGUGCUACCCUGGUAUGGAGUAAAAGAACAGGAAGAAGUGGAAGAACCAGGGAUCCGGUGCUCCUGAGGAGGAAUUUACACUUUGUAAUAGUAUAAUCCCUUUUAUAUGCUGCUUUCUUAUUGGCUGUCAAGUCAUGGCAGGUCCUAUGUGUAUGAUAUAACCUUCCUGAAUUCAGGUGAACCCUAGGGUAGAUUGUAACGUGGCAGUGUGGCUGUUGCAGUGAUGUGCGUUCAUACUCUGAACAAAGCAGAAACAUUCCAGUGAUGACGCAUUUGGGUUUCAGGAGCAAAGAAGCCCUUAAACCUAAAUCCUUACAUUACACAUAGUUCUACAGUGGUAGGUGUACAGGUGUGUAUGUAUGUGCACUAUAAUCUUAAUGAUGUAUUAUCCCAAGAAUGAUAACCUUGAUAAAUGUUUGGGGAGAGGAGAAAUCCAUGGGACACCUGAGAAUCAGUUGGUACACGGAAGGCAACUUGCUGUCCUGGUUAGUUGGAAUUUCAUGUAUUCAGAGGUAAAGGAGAUCAUGCUCCCACGCAAGAGCAUUAUGUGUUUUUGCAAUACCUACGUUCUCGAGAUGUUUUUUUUUUCCCUCUCCAGACAACCUUUGUUUUUGCAACCAAAACAUGUUUUUCCAAGAACCUCUUGAGUUCUCUUGCUGUUCUGAUACUUUGCUGAUAAGAGAAAUGUACGAGAAUGACGGUAGUGCAGCCUUGAAACUGCAAAACCCAUGAUGCAGAGUGAGCGCAAGUCAAAUAAGCGCACUGCUUCCUACUUAUGGAAGCAAGCAAUUGACCCUAUUGAGUGAGCAGGAAACCACUAAAAUUCAAACAGGUUGGUGGAUUUUCUAUCAGCAGUCCUCUAUUCGGAGGUGAGCACGUGCUUCGAAGAUGAAGCAAAGACCUGAUGUUUGCAUAAUUACGUUAUGGGAGAUAGGAUCAUGGAAAUCAGCUGAUGCUAACAUGCCCUUUAUCUGCCCCUUGGAAACCACAGAAUUUCACAUAAAGUGGGAAGGGAUGUGUCUAUAUAUGUAGAGGCUUCACCCCUUAUGUUUUGCUUAGCUGUUUUAGCAUAACCACAGCGAUAUAUUGUGCAGUUGCAUAGCUUGUUUGAAGGCCUGGGGCAAUUGAUAGGGAUGGCAUCCAAAUGGAACAUCACUUCUGCCAGCUUCAUUGGACCAGGUGAGGGUUGUGAAAGCAGCAACCCCAUGCUCAUGGGACCUGAUGGUUUCACCCCCCAAACCGAGAAAGAAAUCUGUUCUGCUUAAGCCUUUCCACACACUCACUCCCCCAAACCUUUCAUUAAUACCAUGGGUGGUAUCCAACUAAGUGGUUCCACUGGUGCAAGCAUUUUAAGAACAAUACAAGCCUACUGGAUCAAGCCAAUGGCCUGGUGCCCAGCAUCCUAUUCUCAUAGUUGCUGACAAAUGCCUGUGGGGAGCCUGCAAGCAGGGCAUGAGCCUAACAGCACUCUGCCCAUCUGGGUUUCCCAGCAACUGGUAUUCAGAGGUAUAAUGUCUGACAGUGGAGCUGGAACAUACUUGUUGCUGUGCAAAGGAACUUCUGCUCCCUCUCCUCUUCCUGUGUGUCCCCCGUCCCCUGAAUCUGUCCUAGGGGUUCCCAACCCUCAAGAGAGAAUGGAGGGGGCCUUGGGGGCACAUGGAGAGGGAAGAGCAACAUGAAGAAUUCUGUUGCGCAAGUAGAAAUCUCUCCAUUUAGUUGGAGAAUUCCUAACACCCCUAAAAAAAAAUUCUAAGCCCAUACCCUGUUGCUCCAAGUGAAUACUUACUUGGGUGAAUUUGUCAGGUAGAAAAUGGUCACACCUACCUGAGAGCAUAAAUGACUAUUUUUGGUGCAUGUGGCUGUGGCUGAAUAGUGGUACACAUAAGUAUCUCUCCUUUAUCUGGACCUGUACUUUACCAGAACAGUUGAGACAACCACUCUGAGGUUUUGUUUCAUUUUUACAAUCAAGCAGUACAUAAAUCUUACAAAAUAAAUAAAAUAAUAAAUUAUGUGCCGGCAUUUGGGAAGGUGUGUCUGCACAAAAGCUCUUGGGUAUCUGGUUUGAUGCUUUACUUGCUAAAGCAGUAUUCAAUACUCACGAGUGUGCGCUAACCACAAGGUUUGGUUUGGACCCUGAUUCAGCGCUUUGGAAAUUACUCCAGUUUGGCUCAGACAGUUUGAAGGCUGCCUGGUUCAUCUUGGCACCGUAUCAGAAUACUGAUCUGGGAAAAGCUGAAGCUUUGUGCCUCCCCAUUGGCUGUCAUGAGGAAAUUAACAAAUUAUUAUAGCCUCUUUUCAUUUGACAGAGUUGUAUGCAAUUUGCAAGCAUAGCAAACCCUUUGGACUGGAAGAGGCCUGCCAUAAUUCCAGUCAAAAAGGUGCAGGUUUGUUUGUGCUAGAUUCUUCCACCCUCUUCCCACCUUGGCUUUCUUCUUAAAUGGAAAGCUUGAGGAGAGAUGUUGCCAUUUGUUUUUUUGUUUUUUUGCAAACACACUUUUUGCGGUCCUGUUUUGGCUCGUGAGUGUCAGAAUUGCUCAGAAGAUUUUCGGAGGACCUAGAUUCAGUUUGAGGUGGUCCAGAGAGAGCCAGCUUUACUGUGGACAAACCGGACUCUCUCUGAAUCAACAUUUGCUCCUAAUAAAGAAAGUAAUGUGGGCAGAAGGUUUUCUGCAGUAUUACCCUGUGUUGAUUAUGGUACCUGCAUUGUAACCCUACAAUUCCUUCUGUCUGCCAUGUAGACUUAACUGGUCAGUGCUAGGAUCAGAUUUGUGUGUAGUGAUCAGGUGCACCGAAUCAGCGCAUCCAUAAGAUAAGAGUCUUUGGGUGGAUUUGACCUCUAAAAAUUCUCUUCGCUGAUGGUCUGAAGGGAUAAAAUGCUCUACAGCAAUGUCCAUCCCUGUAGUUCAUGCUGUUGCAUAUUCUGCACAAUCUAGCAUCAGAUUCCAUUUGCUCAGAACAUUUAGUUCAAUGUCAUUUUUGCCGUUGACUUCAGCAGCAGCAGCAGCAGCAGCAGCAGCAGGGUCCAUAGCAAUUAUUUGACCUAAGCAACACACACAGAGAACUAAAUUGGAACCAGUGUGUGUGAUGGCACAUGUUUGCCUGCAAAGUAGAAUAAAGAACUGCCAGAACUGCCUUCUCCAAAGGUGGAUGAAGGUCAGUGGCUUAAUCCAGUUUUAUGUACUUUUUAUCCCUAGAGCAAAUCAUUUAUUUUAAUCUGAGGAGAACCGCCUGGGUUUGCAUGCUUGCUUCCUUUGUUAAAUGUCAUCUUUGCUGGAGCCUCAGAUUUCCAUCAGAGGUUACUAUAUAUGCUCUUUAUCACACUCUUAAUGAGACCUCAUCUGAUCCAACUCUUACAAGCUUAAAAUGGUUUGAGUCAGCUUAUUUUUCUUUUACUGUGUUGGGUUAUGCUUGAGGCUUAUUUUACCAAAUGUAAAGCAAUGUCUCCGCGCAGGAAUCCUCAUUGAUUCCAUGUUAUACCUCUUGUAUAGCUUUAAAUAAGACAACUGUUUCCAAAUAAAGAAUAUAAUUUCUGUUUCUUG